CGGCUCUCGCGCGAGUUCUUGUAACGCGUGCGAUCUUGACGUCCGGACGUCGUUUUCGUCGUCGUCGUCGUUGUACUCUGCCGGCAUUGUUUUUCGUAAAAUCUCCUGGAGAACGAACAAGACACAAUGAUUCUUGUCCUCCCGAAGAGCCUUCUUAGGCUCUAUUUAGAGAAAAGGUCGAUUUGUUAAAACUCUUGAGCCAGCCAUCUAAAAGUCGACUCUAAAAGUUGCCAUUUGGGCGAUACGUUGUAUAAUAGGGAAUAAGGCAUUGAUCCACGGUAUUUUCUUCAGCGAGUGGCGAAGUGUCAAAGUGCAGUUGGUGUAUUUUUGUUGGUGUACCUUGGUGUUCAUUCGAAACAUAUUCGUUUCACGAAUGUAUUCUUCAAAAGCGAAGUGAUAGGUCAUCGCGAGUAAGAAAACAAAUACGUCACCUGGUAUGGUAGAGUGAAUUCCACGCGGUGAAGGACGAUCGUCCGCAAGUUGUCUUUGUCGUGCACGACACCGGUCUGACGCAAUUUUACGAAGGUGGUUCGCGUGGCAAGGCGAGACAAGGACGCGACGAUGGCGGAGCGUCCCGGCGGGGGCAGGAGACGCUCGCGUCGCGACAGUACGGACACCACAAACACGAUACGCGAUACACCGCCUACGUCCAAGGAUCGCAGGACCAAACGUUUCGGCAAGCCCGUCAAGGAGAGAUGGCUACUCACCAGGAAGACGUGGCGAUACAUGGCGGAUGCCGGCCGGCGUCUCAUCCCGGAUGGUACUCACAACCGUCCGGAGGAUAUACCAAAGAUCGAGCAGUACUUUCAGGAGGUUUGCCAAAAGGAGCCGCGGUUCCUACUCUGGAGAAAAGCUUCAUAUCCGGGCACUCUGGGCUUCCGCGCCCAGCGACGUCGCAGACAAAUCAAAGGCGGCAGCUGUCGAACCCAAGCCAGCUCGGCCGAUGAGGCCGACGACGUCAGGAGUUCGCCGCAGAGCUUCGUCCCUCACGCGACCACGUCUAGCAAGUUUGAUCUUGCCAAGGUGAAAAGAGAGUGGCUGCUGACGUCAGGCAACGGCAGCGAAAGCACACCGUCGAGUCCGGUGAUGCGUCGUAAGACGUCUCAGGAGGAUGCCGAGGCCAAAGAGCUGGCCGAUAUGCUACAAAAGUACCUGAACAUGCAGGGUGACGCAGCUAAUCCGACAAGGGCGGCCGCCAAGUCGCAGGGGACAAUGCAACAGAUGGAAACGAAAGAGCACUUCGAUUAUCGUAGUUUGAUAGACAAGUUGCAGCAACAUCUGAAUAUGAUCGUGGCUCAGGCUAAACGCGAUGAAGCUUCUCGCCAGAGUUCUUCCAGCGUGACAAACGUGAUUCCCGAGACUAUGUUGUCCUAUCAAAGCGACUACGUUCAUAAAUCGUUGAUGGAAACAUUGAGUCGUUAUUAUAGUAAAUCGUCUUCUCGGGAGCAUGUUAUUUCCGAUAUCUUGACGGAUCGGAAGCUCCUUGAGAAGCUUUACUUUGACCUGAGGUGCACUCGAGGUUUCAGGGGACCUCGAGCAACCGGUGCGUACACCUCGCCGUCCACUCGAUGGUGGGGCCACGAGAGAAGUAGACCAUCCACCAAUAAGUCCAACGUUUGGUCAUCCACGAGGCGAGAUGAUCACCCAAUCUCACCGCCACCUCUGAUUGCCGUCCAGGAACCCAGCACCGAUCGGUGCUUUCUUAACGAUGGCGUGCAAACCGAUCCGGUUUCCCGAGACGUCCUCGAUGCGUAUCUACUAGAAAGAGAAAAGGAUGAGUCCUUUUCGCAGAAGGAGACGACGUCGCACAAGUCAAGCGGACGGAGACGCAGCAGCGUCGACAAUGACGACGUGUCGCCAUCCGUGAGCGAUACUAUUAAGAGAUACUUGCGGAUGGCGCGAAAAAAGUCCAUGGAUGCUGACAAGGCCGAUCGAUUCAAGCGGGUAAACUACGAUCGGAAUUUGCGCAACAUCAAGGCCAAGGGCGAGAUUACCAAGCCCGGCGACGACGACGGAAACAGCAAGGGUUGUCAGACGGAGGACAAUUGGGCGACACAUUAUCGCGAGAUGUCCUCCUACGGUCCUGGCGAGAUCCCGUCCGAGAAUUUAUCGGAUGCCGACACGACGACGUCACCGCCGGCGAGCAGAAACGCCAGCUCCAGGAGCAGCAUCGACGCCGGCCUCGGCUCCGAGGAGACCAACACCCCCGUUAAACAUCCUCAUCAUCAUCAAUCCUUCCUGUCCCAUCUCCUGCACGGUUCCAACGCGCAUAAGGAUAAGCCGCACUCGGCACCGGGUUCGCCGGCACUUACGUCAUCGUCCGCCAAUUCCGCAGGUGGCACCGCGAUGCAGAAGAGCAAGUCCUCGAGCAGCGUCGUGCAUCACGGCAGCCGGCUGGUGGCGAAGAAGAUCUGGCGAUCUAGGAGCAAGAGCACGUCGAGAGCGUUGCAUCAGCCAUCCGUGUGGACGCCUCAGGGAAAAUGCACCUGGGCAGGCACGACGAAUCGGCGCGUAACCCUGCAGGAUACAUCGCUGCGAACGCUGUCCGAUAUCGAGAAGAAGGUCCUCUGCAACGUGGCCGUAGCGAAGCUCCAAGCUCUCAAUCUGGGUGUGCACAUCAGGCCGCCGAGUGAAACAUUCAGCAGCGGGUCGGUGACCACGAAGCCAAAGAGACGGGCGUACUUGCUGAAGAGGAAGGCUCUAACAACGGGCUUCUUCGACAAUAAAGGGAAGGACGAGAAGGAAAAGGACGUAGCUGGUGGUCUGGUGUUCGGCAUACCUCUGUCGCAGUGCAUAGAGAAUGAUAGGAUCGCUAGAAUCGCCGCUGGAGAAGUCACCGAUGUCGGUUGUCUGAGUAGGAGCAGCAGACACGGCAGCCGGACCAGUUUCUCUAGCCUUAUAGAAACACCGACAACCGUCGCGGCUAAAACAGAAGAGGGAGGCUCCUGCGAGUCUUUGUCGUCGAAAGGCGGUGCUCUCACGGGAAGUGAUUCCGGGGUGCUCGAGCUGAGCGACAGUGGCGGAGGAAGCUCCGCCGGUGAAUGGGACGUGGUACCAAACAUCGUAAGGCAAUGCAUUAGGCAUCUCGAGGCCACUGGUCUCCGAACGCUAGGCGUGUUCCGCGUAUCACCCUCGAAGAAGAGGGUGAGGCAGUUAAGAGAAGACUUUGAUUGUGGUCGGGAGACCAAGAUAGGCAUCGACCAGUGCCCCCACGAUGUAGCCACCCUCCUGAAGGAAUAUUUCCGCGAUUUGCCAGAUCCUCUGCUUUGCAGGGAACUAUAUCAAGCCUUCGUACAUACACAAAAGAUCAGGAACAGACGUUUGCAGCAGGAAGCUCUACAGCAUCUCAUUCAACUUCUACCCACGCCCAAUCGCGAGACACUCUGGGCACUUUUGAACUUCUUGAGCGUCGUCGCGUCCAACAGCGAGGACCAGAAGAGCGAGACCGGGGAUUGGAUUCCGGGGAAUAAAAUGGAUACGACGAAUCUCGCAACUGUGUUCGCCCCGAAUAUCCUGCACUGCGUGAAGCCCAGUCAGAUGAGGUCCGAGGUCUCGGCGGAGAGAGCCGAGGAGAGGAUAGAUGUGAUAAACGUCAUGCGAGCACUCCUGGAACACACAUCGACCUUGUUCAUGGUACCGGCGGCGUUGCUGGACGAAGUGUACCAGCAUAUGAUGGAUACCCAUCCAGCGGAGUUGGAUAUCGCGCUGUCUCGUCGCGUCGAAGAGCAAUGCGGAGAUGAUGCGGAUCCCUGCAGCGAAGCGGAGACGUUUUCUGUGGAGGAGACGCUAACUAUGUCAACAAACACUGCGUCAACGACGACGUCGACGAGAAAGAUGUGGACGAGAGAGCAGUGUCUACAUCAGACUGCCGGCGUAGGCGGUGACAUAGGACCAAGACCGCGACGGCCCAAGAGACCAGGAAGCAGGAGGAAGGAGGAGGGCAGGAGCAACAGCGUCGAUAGCGGAUCGAGCGAGGAUCCGUCUGAUCCUCGCCGAAGAUCUUCACCAGUAGUAAUUACCGCUAGUCUCACCAUACCCAUGUCCGACGCGUUCACCCUGAAUCUCGACGAUCCGGACAUUCCUUACAUCGAGGAGGCACCGAAGCAACCAAGCGCUCCCCCGAGGCGGCAGAGGCAGAGAUCCAUCUCCGGUUGCAGCGAAGGUGGAAGACACGGAAGUGACAGCGCUGUGGGUUCCUCGGCGACCCUGUCGGGUGAUCAAGCACCGAGCUCCCCGCCGUCGUGGGCGUCGUCGCCCCCGGCGAGUCCCGAUAGCGCGGUCACCGCCGUCUCGUACAUCCCGGAUCAGCAAGCGGUUCUCCAAAGGGUCUCGUUCACGACCUCGAGCGAGGUGAGGCAAGUGGGCAGGACGACCGGCCAGCAGGAAACAAGCAGGAGUACAGCGGCGCCGUACACGCCGAGCAUCACCAGCAUCGGCGGUGCAGUUUUGAGGUCCAAGACCGCCGAUAUCGAGAGAAUGCUGCAGAUCUCGCGGCGGGACGUCGACCUCGCAUCGACCCUGCAGACGAGCAAGAACUCGACGGUGACCUCCAGCGAAAGCAAAAAGUACACGAAGAGGCGUUACACGGACACGAGGCAUCAGACACGCCACAUACCCGACGCCGACACCCUAGCAGGCAAGACGUCGCUUGGCGUGACGUCUACGUCAGCGAUAUCGUCCUCCGUCACCUCGGCGAUGACAACGACGCAGACUCAACGCGUACAGGCACAACCGGUGUGGAAGAGACGGGAAUUGAUCUCCAGCGCGCCGAAAGAUCGGGAGGGAUACUUUUAAAUUAUUCGCGAUUGACAUAUCGAAUCGAGAUUCGAGAUUGAUUGUCGAUAUCUCAGCGGUAGAUUAAGAUAUUUCAUCUAGUCAUUAAUAUAUUUAUAUAUAUGUAUAGCAGCAAAUAAAUUUUUUUAGAAAUAAAAAUCUAAUCUCUCGACAAAAAUUCGAUUGCAUCGAUCUUGAAGUCGAUACAACUUGGAAAUGUCUCGAGAAAAGUUGGAAGCAAACGAAUAUUUUUCCCAUUUAUCGUUUUAUAACAAAACAUUAGUUUGAAUUAUUAUAGUAAAAGCAAUUUUGCACAAAGAAGACACUAAGUUUCCUUCUUGAAACUCAACUCUACGAAAGUUUGUUAUUCUGAAUAAAGUGAGAAUACGUCGCAAAGAUUUAUCGAUACUGCGAUAUAUUCUCAAUAAAUAUAGAUAUGAGCAUCCUAAAGCAGACAGUAGCAUAUUUUAUUUCUGCAUAUUUUUCAAAAAUAUCGCUCUAAAUAUAAAUAAGAAAGUUCAAGAACAUAAAAAAGUGCUAUAAAAGAAGAAAGAAGAAGAAGGAAAGCAAGGUACUUGUCUACUGGCAGCUUUAUAUCUGUAUAACCGCUCGAUAUAUUGAUUAUAAAAUAUAUAAAGUUAUAGAAAAAGCGUAAAUAAUUUUUAAGUUUGUUAUUUGUAAGAAUACAAAGUCGAGGCGAUGGCUGUGAAAAAGAAAACAUAAUUUUGCGAAUUUUUAAUCCAAUAACUAUUCUUAUUAAUAGCUAAAAAAUUUGUAUUCUCUCCUGUGUGUUUGGGGAAAAAUACUGUAUAAAAUAAAAUAAAAACUCUGAGAAUGUUUUUUUUCAUAAAACGUUUUGGCUUAUAUGUGUGUCUUUCUUUCAGCGAUUGUCUCGACUCAAUCUAUCGUAAUGUUUUGUCAUCUCUGCAAAAAAAUAUGCCAUCCUUCGAUAACGCGCAUCUUUCUUCAUUUCGCACAAUUGAUCUCCAAUCUCGAUUCGAUAGAGCGGCAAUCACUGCCGUUGAUUAGGCGUGGCCUUAAAAAAAGUCUUCCUCCGUUUCUCGUGAUCUCGCGAGACUUGAUUGUCGCGAAAUGUCAGUUGGUUCCUAGAUUAAGUGCUGUCCUUGUGCUCGCGAGGGAUCUCCGUCAUGGAAUGCGCAUUCUCAUUUCGCGACGACAUCUUAUCGACCCUUCGCGACGAGGCAUUGUUAGACGAUGGGUGCUCAAAAGGACAGGAAAAUUGAUGUGGAACGCAUACGUAGAACAUUUUACCUCAGUCUUCGCAAUGUAAAUAUUAAAAAUUGUUGCAGUUGCUCGACAUCAAUCUGAAAAUUGUUAUGUCUCGUCACUUGUAAAUGAUCGAGAGUCUGAAAUUUGAUUCGUCUUUUCUAAUUUGUCCUCUCCACGACAUGAUUAUUAUUGCGAACUGCCGUGAGGGAGGCAUGCGUCAUAUUAUUGUCGUCGUUAAGUUUUUUUUUUCAAUCUAGGUAAUAAAUAAAAGUUAAUUUUUUAUCAUGCAUUGCAUCUUAUUUCAACCUCAUCCCACAUCAAAUCAAUAUCUGAUAAAAUUAAUUGUCGAGUACUUCUCUCUCUAAAUCCUCAUUUCCUACAUUAUCCUUACACAUAUCUCAAUGUUUUGUUUUAUUACUAAUCAAUAAGACAACAAUAUUCUAUAAGAUUAAUAUCCAUUUCUCUCAAAAAAUAAAUAUCACAAAAUAUAAAAUAAUUUAAAAAUACAAAAAUAUCUUUUUUAAUAUUACCAUCGUUUUACGAUGAUUGUCGCUGUUAAUAUAUAUAUAUCAUUACGUUCUAAUGAAAAGGAGAUAAGCGGUAUCAGGACAAGAUGGACAGGUGUCACUGACUGUAUACAGUGUAACCUUGACAUACGUGACAGUGAUGUUCUUGGAAUAUUUACGUCACUAUAGCAUUUUAUCGAUAUAGAAGAUAAAUAUCUAUCCUCUGAAAAAUGCAUUUUAUUUGAAAUGCGUUUAUUAUUCAAUUUUUUACUGUGCUGUCCUUGACAAGCACUUACAUCACGGUCGUAAUAUCAUCGAGUACGUACGAACUUUACAAAAACAGCCUGCUUAACAAGUAGAUUGGUGCAAAUGUGACAAAUGUGCCGUUCAAAUUUGAACGUGAACGAAUAUCCGUAUAUAGAUAUGUACAGUAUACACGAUUACAUCGUUGAUCGGCUCGGUAUCUAAAUCAAUAUAUAAUAGAAGUUAAUUGUUAACAUUAUCUAGUUAACGAUAACAAUGAAACGAAAUAUACUAUAACAAUCUUAGUAUCGCAGAAUGACAUGAGAAUGUAGUUGCAGUGAUAAUUUUGCAACCAGCGUAAAUUUAACAGCGUAAAUUUUGAAUAUAUUACUGCUGAUAAUAUUGAUUUUUAUACAAUAUUAAUAAAAUUACACAGAUUGUUUUUUUAAACUAUACAAGCUUUCUUUGUUGAUAUUAUUUUAUGAAGCAAUAUAUAAAUUAAUUAUUAGAGCUUGUCAAAUAAUCAAAUAGCAUUUUUAAAGAAAUGAUGACUUUUAUGAAAUUAUGCUUCAAAAAUUUAAUAAACAAUUCUUCCUUCAUUAUUAUUGUUCAUUAUAUUGAUGUAAUUAUAUUGGUGUAGAUUGCUAAUUUGAUGUAUUUA